AUGCCACCGUCCAAGAAGCGCUGCAUCCCAAGCCGAAGCCCGGGACACCAGCAGCGUUCGGCAGAAGACCCGUGCCCAUGCACUGCUAGUGAAAGCAGCUCCGGGAUCUGUGAUCUCGAUGUUUGGCAUGGCACAACCCUCGACGAUGAGGCAGCUCGGUCUAGACGACGGCUGCUUCGUCCUAAUCUACCAGUGAUCAAGUGCAAACAUUGGACGCAGAUCCGAUUUCCAUCCCGCUUGUACCAUUUAGUCUCAAUUGGCUGGAUUCCAUUGAUCUGUGUAUUUGUCGGGGGUUAUGUCGCUGUCGUCGGCGUGUUUGCGCUCCUUUUCGCUGCCUGUAAUGGACUUCCAGAGGGCUCGGAAAACGCGAGGAAUUACUUCAACCUGAGCCUUCAAACACUGUCAAGCACCGGUUAUGGGGAUCUCUCACCAGAGAACACGUGCUCCCGUUUGAUCGGUGCGAUGGAGUCGUUCCUGUCAAUGCUGAUUAUCUCCUUCAUGACCGGCGUUGCAUUUGUCAAGUUUGCUCGUCCCCACCCCAAUAUUGCAUUCAGCAACGUGUUUACUAUCUCGCGUGGGGAAAGUGACCUGGAGAUGCGCUUUCGAGUCGCAAACGAGACUCAUCGCGACCUUGCCAGCAAAGGCGACAUUAUCGAUGUUGGCUUCAAGCUCAUUCUGAUGCGCAUUGAGACUGGAAAGCAUGGAGAGAAAAGACUAUGUUACUAUGACCUGAAGCUGAAAACAGCACGCAUCAUUUCGCUACGACUGGAGAUUGAACUGAUCCAUACUAUCAAUGCCAACAGCCCGUUUUUCAACCAGGCAUCGGACGACUUUGAGCGGUCCGAUUUCGUCCUUAUCCUCCUUGCGUCUGGUUUAGACGAAAACCUUCACGAUAUUGUUCACAAGAAACAUGAAUAUGGCCGAGAAGCGAUGAGGUGGAGUGCCAAGUUCCUCCCCAUGCUGGAUUGGGACAGUCGGCACAAGUUUAUUGAGCUGGACCUCGACAAAAUAUCGUUGGUGGCCCCUCAAGUGGAUGAUUCUGCUGAUGAGCAUGCGAUCGACAUGGACAUCGCGAAUUCUUCUUUGCAAGAAAAUGAAUCGCCUGCUUCUUCUCACGAUGAAUCGAAUCGUGAGCCUGUUGGGAAUACGAAUUACUCCAAUUCACAAAACUUUCAAGCCGAAGACACCAUAUCGCACAAGAUGGCUGACGGUAGCUUAUGGGGUUUAAGUGAUAAUAAUGAUGACGAAGCGACAAUACGGAGGAUUGACGAUAAUGACGGACACGAUGAAGUAGAACGAAAUGCUAGAUCCCCAUCGGGCGGGCAAAAUGGUGGGCAAUCAACAGCAACUCAGUCUAUCCAACGUCGAAGAUGUAGUGCUCGUGUAUCCCGAUCGUAUCAAGACCACGACCACGAUUUAUCUGGAAAUCUCAAGGAGAGGCCUAGGAGCUUAUUGCAACGAAGAGUUCACGUCAGGAAUGGAUCGUGGAGGUUGCUGUUGAACGGGUUAUACCAGCGAGCACUGGCAGCCUCCUGGCCGAAUCUGCUGCUGUGUCUUGUUGUAUGUUACUUGACCGUGGUCGCUACGAUUGCAUUGGUGAUUGCCAUUUCGAUUCACGAGCCAUUAGCGCAACGAACGCAAAGCGAUUUCGGACUCAAAUUCGGAGAAGUUUUCUUCUUUUGUGUCCAGACUAUCUCCACGGUUGGUUAUGGAACGCUAAGCCCACGUCAAGAUAGUGACGUAGCCAACUUUUUCGUGUUUCUUAUGGUAUUUUCCGGUCUGUUCGUCUCGACGAUUGUAACGGGCAUAACAUGGGCGAAGUUUUCAAUCCCGAAGGCGUCGACUCUAUUGUAUAGCGACGUUCUGCUGCUUACAACAUUCCACUCACAUCGUGCCGUUAUGUUUCGCGCUGCCAACAAUCGCAAGUUUGGCGUUCUCGUUGAGGGUUCCUUCAGGAUGAGUGUCGUGGUGCUGAAUCGCAACUUUGGACGCCGGGAGACCCACGAGUUACGUCUGGUUCGCAAUGUGUGGCCGAUUAUUAACUUGUGCAACACGCUGACGCACAUUAUCGAUGAUAGCUCGCCUCUAUACCAUUUGUCAACAGACGAGUUGCUGUCAGGAGACCAUUUCUUCGUGGUGCUUUUCACUGGGCAGGACAACAUCAUCAGUGAUACGAUGGUUGCUCGGAAGGCCUAUCACGCCUGCGAUAUCCUAGUUGACCACCACUUCGAGGACAACAUCACGCUGACACCCGACGGCUUGUACAUCGAUCUGGACGCCAUCAACUCAACGUACUGCGACUCCGGCAUGAGCAGUCGAAGCGAGGAACCCGACAGGAGUCCAAGCUCCGUCGAUCUAGCGGCGAAUAAUGAGACGCACAGUCCUCGCUCCAACUAUAAGCUAAUGAGCGAAUAA